AUGAUUCAUAUUCACUAUCGCGGCAAGUUCCUCUCGCUAUUAGACUCGGACAAUUCCACCCCAUUAUACACCGUCAAAGUCUGUCGCGAAACGCCUCAGAUACAACUCAUGAGGCGACAGGACAGUCAUGUUCCGCACAGCGAGGACAGCACAGACAGCCAGUCGAGCCUGUGCACAGCAUCUUUCCAAAAGCUGAGUAUGGAAGUCACGCUCUCCAUUCACGGCUCUCGCGUUAUUCUUCGACGACCGGAUACCUUUUCCCGUACUUACGGCUUGGAGAGUGUUUCUUUGCCUGGUACUACUCUUCGGUGGGAAGCUGACGGAGCUCUAACGGGUGAUUUCAAACUUGUCAAUACGCGCGAUUGCGAGGUACUUUGCCGAUUUCACAACAAGGUCUUCUCGGUUGCCGAGGUCGGAUCUUUUGAAAUGAUUGGGACUCUAUCUGAAGAGCUCAAGAAUGAGAUUGUUGUUAGUGGGCUGGCUGUACUAGUCAUGGUACAGAGUCUGAAUUUGGCGGGUAUGGUUUUGAUGGGGAGCCCUUAA